GUUGACAACAAUCUUCAACUAAUUCUUUAUUCUUGCGCACACUUCGGACACUCGUUGCAUCUUCAUAUCGAGUAGUGUGAAGAAGAAGAAGAAGAAGGAGUAAGGAACAGAAGCAGGAAGACGAACGAAUCUCGAACAUCUGUGGUCACACCUCGGCGCCCACGGAACGACAGACCGAAACGCUUGGUCGGCACGAUGGGACUCCCUCAGACCACUGGCGGUGCGACGACGACGACCACCACCAGCAACACCCUCUCGCGAAAGUCCGCAGCGCUGCCGUUCGGACAAGACAUUGCCUUGGAAGCGCUGUCUGGUCCGACGUAUUUGACUGCGCAGACACUGGUGCAGCAGGUCGCGUACGCCCUCUCCGAUCACCUCUUCUGCUACUCGCCCGACUCCUUCGAUCUCGAUGUGGCGGCACGCGCGUGGCGAGACAGCCACGAGAAGAAUGCACACGGUGCGGUGACGGCGGUGCAGUGUCUACAAACUAGAAAUGGAGCUGGCAGCAUUGCGCUGGGAUACAUGUUCAGUCCCGACUUCGACUUGAGCCGCAGACAUGUGCCGCAGUCGAUCAUUGCGAGCACUGCCACUUUGCAACAAUUCCGACCACAGUUGGACCAGUUGAGCCUGCUGUAUGAUGUUGCCAAUCCUACUGCCCUUCAAGUGGCCGCUGUCGAUUAUGCUGCCGAUACGAAGGCGGGCCUCGUCACCGAUUAUGCUACAUCCCUCGCGCUGGCGGAAGAGUUGGGCUUGGGCCUGGUGGCUAGCAGGAGCGCCUUUGAAAUUCAGCACAUGUCACUUCUAUCCACACUCCUCGCAUCGAUCCUCCCGACCAUUCACACCUAUGACGGUAUCACAGUGGGCCGUGAGACGACUCGAGUGAUUGAUGUGCUGAACGUGCCGAGUUUGAAGCGCACUUAUGACAGUGUUCUACAGAGCACGCAGGAAGACAGGCAAUCGAAGCGUUUGACAAACGAGGGCAAGUUGUUGAAACUCCUCAAUGCGUUCAACGCGGAGUUAGGCACCGAGUACAAAGCAUUCGAGUAUUACGGCCAUGCACAGCCAGACAGCGUGACUGUUGUCUUCGGUACUGUCGAGGCUAGCAUUGCCGCUCAGGUCGCCGAGGCUCUUGCAGAGCAGGGUGUGAAGAUCGGUGUGAUCAACGUUCGUGUCUACCGGCCUUUCGUGGAAGACGAGUUCCUAGCUGCUUUGCCUGCCAGCACCCAGCACAUCGCUGUCCUAGGACAGGUUCAUGAUCAGGCUGCGGCACUGGAUGCGAGUGUGGCCAGCAACUUGUAUGCUGAUGUACUUGCUGCGACCAACUUUCAAAGCAUGACUUCUGGAAGAUCUCCUAGUGUCUACGAUAUCAAAUAUGCCCGCGAGACAGUCUGGACGAUUGCCAGGAUUGAGACUCUCUUGCAGCAAGCCGUUUCAAACGAUGAGCCACAAAGCUCUGUCUUGACACUCGGCGACAAGGAUGCAAAGCAGUAUACCUUCUGGGAUGUCGACUCCAGCCAUAGUGCAAGUGCCCCUGUGAUGCUUGGUCAACUUCUCGCGGAUGACAGCGCACUCAAUGUUUCCGUACGUUCUGGUCACGACAAUUUGGUGCAGGGUGGCGCACUCAGAACGGACUUGCGCACCUCAUCCCGCAGCAUCGAGACUGCGUACAGCAUCAAGAAUGCUGACGUCGUGGUCAUUGGUAGCGAGCAGCUGCUAAAGGACUUUUCUGUGGUUGCUAGUUUGAAACCUGAAGGCACAGUACUUCUCAAGGUACCAGGAUGGAAGGAUGAUGAUGCCGAGAAGAAGCUCAAGGCUCCUGUCCGCAAGGCAAUUGCCACCGGAAAGCGCUCACUUUGGGUGCUCGAUCCGGCGGCCAGCCCCAAGGUCGAGGAGAACGCAGAACUCGAGGCUUACCUGCUGCAAUUCGCCUUCCUCAAGCUUGCCAAACCAGAUUUGUUCGAGGCUGGCGUCAAGAAGCUGCAAGCCGCUGGUGAUGCCCUUUAUGCACUGGUUGAACAGCUGGAGCAAGCGUUGAAGAAGGUUGAAAUUCCUGAAAGCUGGCUCACUGUCGAGCCCGAGGCCAACGAGACUUUGCCACCGGCAGAGGAUUUGAGCAUCAACAGCUUUGCACCGUACGAAAGCGAAACUGCAGAGCCACCAUCUCUGCUGAAGAACUGGCGAAUUGCGGCCAAGGGCUUGGUGUUCAAGGAGGCAUACGGUACCAAGAGCGCCCUUCGUCCUGAUGUUAGUGCUAAGACGGCAAUUGUGCACAUCAAGGAACACCGGAGACUGACACCAUUGACCUACGAUCGAAACAUCUUCCACAUCGAAUUCGAUCUUGGCAACAGUGGCGUCAAGUACGAGAUUGGCGAGGCCUUGGGCAUCCAUGCGGAGAAUGAUUCUCGGGAAGUGGACGAGUUCAUCAAGUGGUACGGUCUCAACCCAGACGAGAUCGUGGAGGUUCCUUCUCGUGAGGACCCCAAUCUGCUGGAGAAUCGUACAGUCUACCAAGCAUUGCUGCAAAACGUCGAUAUUUUCGGUCGUCCACCAAAGCGUUUCUAUGAAGCGCUCAGCGAGUUUGCAGAUGACGAGGCGGAGAAGACUCAACUGUUGAUGCUGGGCACCGGGGGCAACCAGGAGGCCACCGUCGAGCUCAAACGCCGCGCCGAGGUUGACACUGUCACCUACGCAGAUAUUCUGCUUGAGUUCAAGUCCGCUCACCCGGGUUUCCACGACAUCGCCCGCAUCGUCAGCCCAAUGAAGCGAAGAGAAUACUCGAUUGCAUCUUCCCAGAAGGUCACACCAAAUAGCGUGAGCUUGCUCAUCGUCACAGUCAAUUGGGUUGACCCCAAGGGACGCGAUCGUUUCGGACAAGCGACUCGUUAUCUCAACAGUCUGCCCGUCGGUGCUCCAGUCACCGUAUCCGUCAAACCCUCAGUCAUGAAACUGCCGCCCAAGACGACUCAGCCCAUCAUCAUGGCAGGUCUGGGAACUGGUCUUGCGCCAUUCCGUGCCUUUGUCCAAGAGCGGGCCUGGCAACGCUCUCAAGGCAUGCCAAUCGGUGACGUGUUCCUCUACAUGGGUUCUCGUCACAAGCGGGAAGAGUACCUGUAUGGCGAAGAAUGGGAAGCAUACCAAGACGCUGGGAUCAUCACUUUGCUUGGAGCUGCUUUCUCUCGUGAUCAGCCACAGAAGAUCUACAUUCAGGAUCGUAUGCGCCAGACCCUGGGAGAUAUCCGCAGAGCUUAUCUGCGAGAAGAAGGUGCAUUCUAUCUUUGCGGUCCUACAUGGCCAGUGCCAGAUGUGCAGAAUGUUUUGGAGGAAGCUGUGGAGACGGAAGCGAAGGCCGAGGGCAAGAAGAAGGUCAGCGGUGCGAAGGAGAUUGAGAAGCUCAAGGAGGAACACCGUUACAUCUUGGAGGUGUACUAGACUGAUGCGUUGCUAGUGAGUACAGGUAGGUACCUUAUAGAGCAUACAUGUAGAGGUUGAUUACCUACCUAGGUACUAUUGUCAGUUCUGCGUCAAUAGCGAAUCAUAUC